AUGGUCAAACGCAACGUCGCCAUUGCGAUCAUCAUCAUCGUCCUAUUCCUCCUUCUAGCCCUCGCCGGAUUUGCCAUCUGGGCCGUGCAGAACCACGUCUCCUUCUUCUCCAAGAAGCGCGAGCCAGAUGAAGAGAGUGCAGAAGGCAUCAGUAUAUCACCACGAACUUUCUCGACCACACUCUCACCCUCACCCCUCACCCUCCUCCCUGAAUAA